GCGCAGGGCCCCCCGGCCGCCACACCGGCCCCGGCCCCGGCCACGACACCGGCACCAGCACCCAGACAUGAAGGCGGCGCCGGGCAGCGCCGAGGAGGCGGAGAAGCUGAACAAGAUGAGCUCCCUCCUGGAGAGGCUCCACGCCAAGUACAGCCAGAACAGGCCCUGGACAGAGACCAUGAAGCUGGUCCGGCAGGUCAUGGAAAAGCGAGUUGUGCUGAACUCGGGGGGGCACCAGCACCUGGUGAGCUGCUUGGAGACACUGCAGAAGGCCCUGAAAGUCUCGUCCCUGCCUGCCAUGACAGACCGCCUGGAGUCCAUCGCCAGGCAGAGCGGCCUGGGGUCCCACCUGAGCGCCAACGGCACCGAGUGCUACAUCACCUCGGACAUGUUCUACGUGGAAGUGCAGCUGGAUCCCACCGGGCUGCUCUGUGAUGUCAAGGUGGCCCACCAUGGAGAGAACCCCGUGAGCUGUCCAGAACUGGUGCAGCACCUGAGAGAGAAGAACUUUGAUGAGUUUUCUAAACAUCUGAGGGGGCUCGUGAACCUGUACAAGCUGCCAGGAGAGAACAAACUUAAAACUAAAAUGUACUUGGCUCUGCAGUCCCUGGAGUUGGAUCUCCAAAAGAUGGCUGGGAUGUACUGGCAAGCCACCAAUGCCAACCCCCUCGACAAGAUUCUCCAUGGCAGUGUUGGUUAUCUCACCCCCAGGAGUGGAGGUCUGCUGAUGAACCUCAAAUAUUACGUGUCCCCCUACGAUUUAUUUGAGGACGGCACCGGAGCCCCCGUGAUCCUGCACGAGAACAAUGUUCCUCGCUCGCUGGGUAUGAACGUGGCCGUGACAGUCGAGGGCACCAUGACCAUGCACAAGCUUCCCAUUGCUCCCCUGAUCAUGGGCUCCCACCCCGUGGACAGCAAAGGGACCCCGUCCUUCUCCUCCAUCACCAGUGCCAACAGCGUGGAUUUACCGGCCUGUUUCUUCCUGAAGUUCCCGCGUCCCAUCCCGGUGUCUCGAGCUUUCAUUCAGAAACUUCAGAGCUGCACAGGGAUCCCGCUGUUUGACACCCCACCCACGUUUGUUCCCCUGUACGAGCUGAUCACGCAGUUUGAGCUCUCCAAGGAGGCCGAUCCCCUGCCCUUGAACCACAACAUGCGCUUCUACGCCGCUCUUCCAGGGCAGCAGCACUGUUACUUCCUGAACAAGGACGCCCCUCUCCCGGAUGGAAGGAGCCUCCAGGGCACUCUGAUCAGUAAAAUCGCCUUCCAGCACCCGGGCAGGGUUCCCCUCAUCCUCAACCUCAUCAGGCACCAGGUGGCCUACAACACCCUCAUCGGCAGCUGCGUCAAGAGGACAGUCCUCAAGGAAGAUUCUCCCGGGAUCCUGCAGUUUGAGGUUUGCCCUCUCUCCGACUCCUGUUUCAGUGUCUCCUUCCAGCACCCCGUGAACGACUCCCUGGUGUGUGUGGUGAUGGAUGUGCAGGACUCCACCCACGUGAACUGUAAGCUGUACAAGGGGCUGUCUGAUGCCCUUAUCUGUACAGAUGAUUUCAUUGCCAAAGUUGUUCAAAGGUGCAUGUCCAUCCCUGUGACCAUGAGGGCGAUCCGUAGGAAAGCAGAAACCAUUCAAGCUGACACCCCAGCCCUGUCCCUCAUUGCAGAGACAGUGGAAGACAUGGUGAAGAAAAACCUGCCCCCCGCCAGCAGCCCAGGGUAUGGCAUGACCACAGGCAGCAACCCAAUGAGCGGGACCACCACCCCAACCAACACUUUUCCUGGGGGGCCCAUCACUACUUUGUUUAACAUGAGCAUAAGCAUGAAAGAGAGGCAUGACUCGGUGGGCCAUGGGGAGGACUUCAGCAAAGUGUCUCAGAACCCUAUUCUCACUAGUUUGUUGCAGAUCACAGGGAAUGUGGGGUCAACCCUUGGCUCAAGUCCGACCCCCCCCCACCACACACCACCACCAGUAUCCUCACCAGCCAGCAACACCAAGAACCACCCCAUGCUCAUGAACCUCCUUAAGGAGAAUCCCCCUCAGGAUUUCUCCACCCUGUAUGGGAGCAGCCCCCUGGAAAGGCAGAACUCUUCCUCUGGCUCCCCCAGGAUGGAGAUGGGCCCCGGGGGGAAUAAGCAAAAGAAAAAAAAAUCCCGCGUGCCGGCCGACAAGCCCAAGCACCAGACUGAGGACGAUUUCCAGAGGGAGCUCUUCUCCAUGGACGUUGACUCCCAGAACCAUUUUGACGUGAACAUGACCGCAGACACCCUGGACACCCCCCACAUUACUCCAGCCCCCAGCCAGUGCAGCACUCCUCCCGCCACCUACCCCCAGGCGCUGCCCCACGCCCAGCCCAGCAUCCAGAGGAUGGUCCGUCUGUCCAGCUCCGACAGCAUCGGGGCCGACGUCACCGACAUCCUCUCCGACAUAGCGGAGGAGGCCUCCAAGCUGCCCCCCAGCACCGAGGACUGCCCACCCAUGGGGACUCCGGUCCGAGACUCCUCUAGUUCAGGACAUUCACAAAGUGCCCUCUUUGACCCCGACGUGUUUCAGGCCAACAGCAGUGAGAACCCCUACACAGACCCCGCAGACCUGAUCGCUGACGCCGCUGUGAGCCCCAACAGCGACUCCUCCAACCAUUUCUUCCCGGACGGAGUAGAUUUCAACCCUGACUUGCUCAACAGUCAGAGCCAGAGUGGUUUUGGGGAGGAGUACUUUGAUGAGAGCAGUCAGAGUGGAGACACUGAUGAUUUCAAGGGCUAUGCAUCCCAGGCUCUAACUAACUUAGGGGUGCAGGUCCUGGGGGCUGACGGGGGGGAAAAUAAAUUUAAGGGGAGCAAUCCAUCGGACACGGUGGAUUUCAGUAUUAUUGCAGCUGCCAGCAAAGCUCUGGGCUCCUCGGACAUCAUGGAGCACCACAGUGGAGGUCAGAGCCCCUUGCUGAACACAGGGGAUCUGGGAAAGGAGAAGUCUCAGAAACGGGUAAAGGAAGGCAAUGGGUCUGGAAGUGCCAUGGCAGGGGCAGGGAUAGACGGGAAGCCAGGGAAGCGCAGCCGGACACCAUCCAGCGAUGGGAAAAGUAAGGAGAAGCUUCCCAAGCGGAAGAAGCAGGAGACAGAUGGGAAAUCUCCAUCUCACAGCUCAUCAAACAGGCCCUUCACACCGCCGGCCAGCACAGGUGGGUCCAAAUCUCCAGGGAGUUCAGGCAGAUCUCAGACUCCUCCCGGGGUGGCCACUCCCCCUAUUCCAAAAAUAACCAUCCAGAUCCCCAAAGGAACAGUGACUGUUGGCAAACCAUCGUCGCACGGCCAGUACACGAGCAGUGGUUCUGUCACCUCCUCCAGCAGCAAAAGCCAUCACAGCCAUUCUUCCUCCUCCUCCUCUUCUUCCUCCUCUUCAACCUCAGGCAAAAUUAAAAGCAAAUCAGAAGGGUCUUCUGGCUCAAAGAUGAGCAGCAGCCUCUACUCCGGCCAGGGCAGCUCCGGGUCGGGUCAGUCCAAGGGCUCCCAGUCGGUGGGAAAGCCGGGAUCCUCCCCCAUCACCAAGCACGGCCUCAGCACCGGCUCUGGCAGCACCAAGAUGAAACCUCAAGGAAAGCCAUCGUCGCUCAUGAACCCUUCCAUGAGCAAACCCAACAUCUCCCCGUCCCACUCGCGGCCCUCGGGGGGUCUGACAACUUGCCUCUCCAUGAAGCCCGUCCCAGGCACUCCCCCGUCGUCUAAAGCGAAGUCCCCCAUCAGUUCAGGCUCUGGUGGGUCCCAUAUGUCCGGGACUGGGUCAGGCUCGAGCAUGAAAUCCUCUUCAGGAAUGGGAUCCUCUGGGUCCAUGUCGCAGAAAACCCCUCCCUCGUCAAAUUCCUCCACGGCAUCUUCCUCUUCCUUUUCGUCCAGCGGGUCUUCCAUGUCCUCCUCCCAGAACCAGCAUGGAAGUUCCAAGGGCAAGUCUCCGAGCAGGAACAAGAAGCCCUCCCUGACUGCAGUCAUAGACAAGCUGAAGCACGGGGUGGUCACCAGUGGGCCCGGCGGGGACGACCCCAUGGAGACGAUGGGGCCCAGCUCCAAUUCCUCAGGCCAUGCCAUGUCCUCCAAACACAACAUGUCCGGGGGGAGUUCCAGGGCAAACGGGAGAAGAGCGACAAGUGAGAAAUCCAAGGUCUCUGUUUCCGGAGGGUCCGGCGACUCCUCCAAGAAGAACUCGGAUUCCAAAAGCGUCGGGAGCACCGGGGUGGCCAAAAUCAUCAUCAGCAAACACGACGGCGGCUCCCCCAGCAUCAAGGCCAAAGUCCCCUGCAGAAAACCCGGGGAGGGCGGCGGGGACGGGCUCAGGCCCCAGAUGGCCUCGUCCAAAAGCUACGGGUCCCCCCUGAUCAGCGGGUCCACCCCGAAGCACGAGCGCUGCUCCCCCAGCCACAGCAAGUCCCCGGCCUACACCCCCAGAACAUCGACAGCGGAGGCGAGUCCGGCUCCUCCAUCGCCGAGGAAGUCCUACCAGAACAGCCCCAGCUCCUACGACGGCAUCCGGCCCCUGCCCGAUUACAGCGCCGAGAAGCACAAGAAGCACAAAAAGGAGAAGAAGAAAGUGAAGGACAAAGACCGGGACAGAGAGCGGGACCGGGACAAGGACAGGGACAAGAAGAAGUCCCACGGGAUGAAGCCGGAGAGCUGGUCCAAGUCCCCGAUCUCGGCGGAGCAGCCGCUCUCCAUGGCCGGCAGCGCCAUCCUGGCGGCCGAGAGGCCGUCCCGGGCCAGCCCCGAGUUCCUCAUCGGGGAGGAGGAUGAUGAUCUCAUGGAUGUGGCUCUAAUUGGCAAUUAG